ACAGGUGAGGAAUGGAGAGGGAGGGAGAGAGAGAGAGAGAGGGAACAGGAGCAUGAGGGAAAGGUCUCAGCGGCUUUACCCCUCCCUUGUCCUCAUUGUCUCUUCCUGUGUGUGUGUGUGUGUGAUCGACCAGAGGGAGGUGCUCAGAUGGGAAUGGGGAGAGAGGGAGAGAGCUCUCACACACCAUGAGAGACACUGGACUCUGAUCAGAGGCGGACUGGGGCGUUCUGUUCUGUCAGGUUGCUCUGCAAGACCUGUUUCUGGAGGGAGACCGACGGGGGCCGGACACGGGAGACAGACGCAGGAAUUCCAGGUCACAAGGGCUCCCGUGGCACCGCGCAGUCCCGGGGCCGAGCCUGGGCUGGAGGCUGGUAUUCCAAACUCUCCCACUCACGGUCAUGAGCGUGACAGGGGUAGAGUAAGACGACUGUGGGAAUAAACACUGUCAGAAGAGGGGAAAGUAAGAAGUUUUUCCUCAAGAGGUCGACGUCCGGCCUGACCCCCUGAUGGGAUCCUCUGUGGAGUUUGCCUGUUUGCUGCUGCUGGUGUUGGUGUUGGUCUCUACACUGGGAGAGAACCACUUGGUGUCUGGUGGUUGUGCAGGCAAAUGCUGCCGGGGCAGAGAUUUGAGCUGUUCAGCCACUGACUGGAGGAUGGACCGCGUGUUCGGCACAUGCUUCUGCGACGAGGGCUGCGUCAGGACCAAGGACUGCUGCUUCGACUACUUCACGGCAUGUCCAGUUCAGGACUGUGCCGUGAGCGACUGGAGCUUUUGGAGCGGCUGUGCCAAGCCCUGCCAGCCGUCUGAGCGGGUCCGCGUCCGCCACAUCGAGCAGCGGCCCAGCAACAGUGGCGAGGCCUGUCCGGGCCUGGAGCAGCGGGCCGGCUGCAGGGAGUACAGAGAUCACCGGGGCAACCACUGUGGACUCGGCUCAGGUCCUGCAUUCAUCAGCAGCAUGGAGUUCGCCAGGGGAAGGCCCAGGCACGACAGCUACGGAAACCCCCUGGACCCCGGGUGUGUGUGUGUGUGUCUCUCUCUGCCCCCUUCUCCCCUCAGCUUCUGUGUGGAAUUCACACUGGAGUCACGGACACCCCACUGCACCGCGGAGAACCGGCCACACACACACUGGAUGCGCUACAUAACGGAGGGCUUCAAAGUGUGUGUGGCGUGCGAGCCUCCUGCAAUCCGAAACAACACCGGCAGGUGCCAAGGAGACGGCCAGGAAUCAGACAAGGACGCUUCGCUCCGCUGGCAGGCGGUGGGGAACCCCCAGUGUCGCGGGACGUGGAGGAAGAUCCAGAAAACCCAGCAGUGCGACUGUCCACCACAGCACAGCUUCGUCUUCAUCUGACCUGAACAGACCAGCACAGCGGCGGGGGGCCCCGCUCCGGUGCUCAUAGCCGAGCUCAGCCCCCCCAACAGUGGAACUGAAAUACUUAGACGCUUAGACACCGCAGGCUUUUCUCACUAACAGACUUCACGUGUGAUGGUGAUGCAAUGCAAAUUACCGGUAUGUCUCUAAUAGAUUCACUGAACGUAUCACAUCUGAUAUGAAAAAGCAUUUUCAAAUCACCUCACACAUUUCUGUUGUCCUGUCUGAAGUCGUAGCAUUCUGUGUAAAGUCACUGUAAUACAGUAUUCAACACACAUUAAAUACUGGUCAGUUGA